AUGGGAGUAGAUUCGCCAUCAGAUGGUCGAUUAUUCUUUUCUGUCGAACGAUUCGAUUAUACCAAAGGAAUUAAAGAGAAAUUAUUGGCAUAUAAAAAGUAUUUUGAAAAACAUCCGGAUAGAAUUGGAAAAGAUGUACUGUAUCAGAUUGCGGUAAUAAAUAGACGUGCUGUUGAUACCUAUCGUAUGUAUCAAGAUGAAUGCAUUUUAUUAGCGGAGGGUAUCAAUAAAAUAUGUACGUGUGCAAAUCGACCAAAUUGGAAACCAUUAAUUUUUGAAACGGAAGGAUUGCCAAGAAAAGAACUUAUUGCUUGCUAUUUAGCAAUGGAUAUCGGUGUUGUAACACCAAAAAAAGAUGGCAUGAAUUUGGUAGCAAAAGAAAUGCUCUUAUGCAAUCCGAAUGCAGGAUUAAUACUAUCAUCAGGUGCCGGUAGUGAAGUGCAAUUUUCCAGAGCAGGAUUUUAUCAGGAAAGUGGUGAUCAGUGUUACAAACGAGUAGUUGAUCUAUAUAAUCUAGAUAGUUAUUCGGAUGCAUUUUAUCAAGCUGCUAUUCAAGACUUAACAGAACGUCGUGCCAAUAGUACCCGGUUACAUGAUUUUAUCUUAGCCAAUGAUAUUGAAAAAUGGAGCACAGCCUUCUUAGAUCCAUCUUGGACCCAUCAUGUGAUUAGAUCAAUCGAAGUAAAAACAUUGGAAGAUUUCUAUACGGUUAUGUUACAAACACGUAACGUUAGACGUCAAAUCGUGGAACAUGUCCUGAAAGGUAUUCCAAUGCGAAGUCAUUUUAUUAUUUCACUGAAGAAUGCGCUCGAUUCAUUGAAGCUAAGCUGUAAAGAAAAUACCAUACUUAAUCUAAGGACAUCAUCGGAAGAAAAUAUUGCGGAUUAUGCUAGUUUUGAUAUCAGAAAUGAAUUGGAUGAAUUCGAGAAAGAUUUAUGCUUUUUAAAAUUUAUCGAAAGUGAUAAUGUUUACAAUGUUGAACAAUUUGUUGAUACAUUGCUUGCUUAUCAUCCUAAAUCAUCAGCAGCAUUCAAAGAAGAAGUGGCAGAAGCUGUCGGUCUUCUAUAUGAUGCCGAUCAUUUUCAGUAUUUCUUCACAGAUCGCGACGGCACAUUAAAAUCAUAUUCUUGUAAUUAUCAAGCUAGUAUCCAACCAGCUUAUGCUGCUGUCAUUCAGGCUCAAUUUGCUAGACGUUGCGCUCAAACAUGUGCAAUUAUUACAACAUCACCAUUAAUUGGUGUUGGCGUAUUGGAUGUAAGCACAAUGCCUGAAGGCUAUUACUAUUAUGGUGCUUCUGCUGGACGAGAAUGGUUCAUUGAUCCACGCAAUAAAUUUCACGAUCUUAGUAUAACUGUUGAACAGUUGCAAUUUCUUGAUAAGGUGUACGAUACUAUUCAGGAACUUUUAAAUACCCAAGAAUUCAAAUAUUUUAAAUUCAUCGGAUCAGGCUUACAAAAACAUUACGGUCAUUUAACUAUUGCAUAUCAAGAUAUCUAUAAUUCGGUACCAAUAGAACAAUCCAAAGCUCUCUUAAAGAAAAUCAACGAAAUUGUAAACGAGAUAGAUGGAAUGCGACGAGAAUUGGUAGUAAAUGAGGGAAGCACCGAUAUUAAAAUAUACCUAAAGAAUUCAGAUGGAAUAACUUUUAAUAAAGGUCAUGGUAUUGCAUUAUUGGUUCAACAUAUUCGUUGCAAACUAUCCGAUGGUAAUAUUUUGGUAUGCGGUGAUAGCGAAUCUGAUUUACCAAUGGUAGAAGUAUGCUUAGGACGUAAUCCACAUAAUGUUUAUACGAUUUGGGUUACCGAACGACAAGAUUUGAAAGAAAAGGUAAUGUCAUUAUGCAGUCGAUAUGGGAAUAGAAAUAUUGCAUUUGUAUCGUGCCCUGAAGUAUUACUUGGCGCUAUGGCUCAAGCAACAAUACGUGAAAUUAGCAUUAUUAGGCCACGAAAUAAGGCAUCACGUAAAAGCAUGUAA